UCCCACCCCUUGCUGCUUGCUGUUUCCUGAUCUGUGUUUGCGCGCUUGUGCUGCUUUGCGAACCUGGAAAAGAGGGACAUACCCUACCUUUUUUACGGAUACUUUGUACAGCUGCGUGCAACCAACAUUUGGGUCGAGUCCGGGUUUGGCCCCGGUUCCUGCAAAACCUUGUUGGGCUUCUCUUCUCACGCCUCUCCUUUCCCCAUUGCCCCCCUUCCUCUUCAUCAAUUCGUACUUUGUAAGGAUAUCGUAACUUAACUCAUUCAUUCUUCUCUUGUCCACUAUCGUUCCUAUCCCCGUCCUUGUCACGGCUAAGCUUCUCGCGUCCCGCGCCUGCCAGCCUCCUACCUCCGACCCGGUGGGCCUACCAGGCGGCACCGUUCCUGUUGCCUGCCUGGCCUGACCACCAGUGUCACCACUGCCUGAGGCGAGCUUGCGUUCCCAUCCUCGCCUUGUUUGCACCGGCAAUCAACCCGAAGGCUGAGAGCUUCGCCACAAUCCAGCAUCUCUCAACUCCCCACAUCCAUCUCUGUACGUAUUGGCAUCAGCUUGGUACAGAGGUACAGAAACGCUGUACGAUUACACUUGUCCGUGGCCGAGCCAUCUUCCAGCCAAUCCUUCACGGCUAGCAUUCGUUUCCGCUCCAAGGCCACACCAGUAGCCACACAUUUAGCUUACUCUCUUUCGAACCUCGACUACUAUUACCGUGACAGCAAGCACAUUUAUACAAAGCUGUCUGCAGUAUCCCUCCAACUCAUUUAUCUGUUUCGUCAGACCCCUGGUCGAUUGCUCGACACACUCCGCCGUUCUCUACAGAUCCAGUCCGGCACCGAUAUCAUCACUUUGCUCUUAAAAACCCCGCCGCGCAAAAGUCCCAAUCGCCUCUAGGGCUCCGUGACUCAGUCACGAAAGCCUGCCUGCUGCCUAUUGCUCAAUUGGGACAUCGCGCCGCAAUCAACACGAACUGGAUUGGUGGGGUAAACACCAAUAAUCGACAGUCGUUUGUUUCAUCCAUCGUUUAUACAAACCACCUGUUCGCACUUCUCAUCCCCUUGAGCUGCGGCACACCACCAACUCUCGCCUUUCACUAGAUCCCCCUCACUCAAGUCCCGAGACUCAACCAUGGCCGACGUCGAGGAGCCCAAGUUCAACUCCUUGGCUGAAAGAAUUGCCGCCCUCAACCAGCAAAAGAACUUCCAAGCACCAGAAGCGAAGGCUAAGAGGCCUCCUCCUCCACCGCCGCCAACAAAUCGUCCUGUUCCACGCAGUCAGACGCUCCCCGUCACUCAAACGAAUGGACUUCCCACGCCGCAGAAAAGUCCCUCGAUCCCUCCUCGACCGAACAAGGCCGCUGCACCGGCAAAGCCCGCCCCACCACCGUUACCGCGACGAACCACCGAUUCAUCCCAAGUCGAAACGUCAACUUCACCAGCACCCAGGGAUCGCAUUGCACCUCCACCCCUGCCAACCCGUUCUUCGACCCAGCAAAUCUCACCAGCUCUACCCCCUCGGAGGCCAUCUACACAACAAUUGACGGUUCGCCGUAACUCGAACGCUUCCGAGAUUUCUAACCUGUCGUCUCUCUCCCUGAACCAAACUAUAUCGUCAGCAACCAGCGUUCACUCGAUUGAUGGCCCAACACGAAAGCUGCCUCCCACCCUAGAUCAGGCAAAGCUACCACCCUUGCCACCGACCAAGAGGGAGCGAGAAGCUGCCCAAGCAAAGGAAGCCGCCGCUCAGCCCAAGUUCCCUCUGGUUUCGGUCAAAUCAUCGCCCGCAAUCCGACAGAUUGAGCCUCCUCAGAGACCAGUACUACCCCCACGAUUAACCUCAAAAUCAACCACCCAGCAAGUCCACCGACACACGCUGGAGGAAGAAGAACCAGCAAAGCCACGAAGAUUACCACCACCGCCAGCGGCCUACGUUAAGCCACCGCCCCCGACGACAAACCAGGAUCAACAAGCCAACGACCGGCCGCCACUGCCAGGGAGACGACCAACUCCGAAUGAUGACGCACCGCCUCCAGUUCCUCUCAGCUCGCGGCCAAGCGCUGCGCAAAUCGAGGCGGUCUCGGCCAGAGUGGUUGAGCGUGCGAACGACUGUCUGAUUUGUCGCGACUUCUCCGGGCCGGAUGGUGUCGCUGCCCAAUAUCCCAUACACGUACUCCCUCGAAACGACCCAGUGGGCUAUUUGGCCCAAAUGCUCUGCGGGCCCUUUGCAUCACUCACAGACAAGGCGCGGGCAAUCUUCACCUGGUUUCACCAUAAUAUCGCUUACGACUGCGCGGCCUUCUUCGGCAAUAAUAUCAGGGGUCGCUCGGGAGCUGAAACGAUUCUUAUGGGCAAAGCGGUCUGCUCAGGGUAUGCGGACACGUACAGGGAAAUCGCCACUCGCGCGGGUCUGGAGUGUAUCACGGUGGUAGGCCACGGGAAAGGGUACGGAUAUACCGCGCUGAAGAAGGGGGAGCGUCCGCCGCCGAAGAAGGCCGACGGCCAUGCGUGGAAUGCGGUACGAAUCGACGGCGGGGAGUGGAAGUUGCUCGACGCCUGCUGGGGUGCCGGCAACGUCUCUGACGUGACAAAAGAAUACACCAAGUCCUUCAAGCCGCACGAGUUCACACGGAGGAACGACAUUUUUGGACUCUCGCAUUACCCAAGCGACGACAGGCACUUCUUCCGACCCGACGGCAGGGUACCCUCCUGGGAGGAAUACUACAUUGGCCCAGUCCACGGCGACAAACCCAUCGUCUACACGCACGCGUACGAAGAGGGCGUCUGGGACCACACCGUCGAACCCAAGGAGCUCCAGAUCCCCGUCCACAGCGGCCAGGUCGUGCGCUUCCAGUGGUCCAACAAGUGCGAGCACUGGACCUCGGAGAAGCACGGCAAGGGGAAGCCCCCGCUGCUGUUCCUCAGCAUCAAGGGGCGGGACGGCCGCAAGGACGACAUGGUGCCCAUCCAGACGGACGGGUUCUGGCACUGGGCCGACGUCAACGCCAUCGACCUCGGCGCGCCGGGCCAGAGCGUCAGCAUAGCCAUGAUCACCACGAUUGACGGGCAGGACGCCAGGGGCAUGACGGCCGACUACUACUUUUCCAAGAAAGGGAGGUGCGGUAUGGCUUGGACGUUCCUCAUGAAGUGGGAGCUCAUUUGAGGGCAAAGGGGCGACUGACGCAUGAGAUAUGAGGAGGGAGGAGUUUCUAUUGACGACUGUGACGGCCGAACAUUAUAUCGUUUAUAAAUAAUGAUAAUGGGACUUUUUUGGAUCACGCCCCGUGCCUUGAACUUUGGUUUCCUGGG